UGCGGCGCGUUGGCGACGUGGAAGGCGGGCGGGGGCCGUCGGCAGCGCCCCCACGGCGUGCGGCUGGGAGCAGCGGGCCCGCUGAGGGGAACGGGCAGGGCGGCCCCGCGGCGGGAGCUGUCCCGGUUUGGCGGGCCGGGACCCCCCGUACCGGCCGCCUCCUGCCGAACGGCGUUGUGGUGCGGCGCUGCGUGACGGGGUGCCAUUAUCCCAUGCUGGGCUGCAAUUAUGGUCAUUUGAGGUAUUUGUAGAGGUUGUCUGCAGACUCAGCCAGACAGUCGUGGCAAGGAUAGUUUUGGAAGGGGUGCUGGCUAUACUGGAUGGAUUAGCAAAAUGUCAGCAGUGGCAAUUAUGUUGUGAGACCGAAAUGAAUAUUUAGAAAGCAAUUUGCCAAAUAAAGAAGAUGGGAGCGAAUAGCAGCAGCAUCAGUGAGCUUCCAGAAAAUGAGUACCUGAAAAAAUUGUCAGGAGCAGAGCCGAUCUCCGAGAAUGACCCGUUCUGGAACCAGCUGCUGUCUUUUAGCUUUACCACUCCAACAAAUAGUGCUGAUUUAAAGCUCUUGGAAGAAGCCACAAUCUCAAUCUGCAAGUCUUUAGUUGAGAAGAAUCCUCGAACAGGAAACCUUGGGUCAUUGAUUAAAGUCUUUCUUUCUAGAACCAAAGAGUUAAAAAUUUCAGCAGAAUGUCAGAAUCAUCUCUUUAUUUGGCAGGCUCACAAUGCACUGUUUAUUAUUUGCUGUUUGCUGAAAGUGUUCAUCAGUCGCAUGUCAGAAGAGGAGCUACAACUUCAUUUUACUUAUGAAGAGAAAGCACCAGGCUCAUAUGGAACAGAGUGUGAAGAUCUCAUAGAAGAGUUGCUGUGUUGCCUCAUCCAGCUCAUUGUUGAAAUUCCUCUCUUAGAUAUUACAUACAGCAUUUCUUUGGAAGCUGUGACAACUCUCAUUGUCUUCCUCUCCUGCCAAUUAUUCCACAAAGAAAUUCUACGAGAGAGCAUCAUUCACAAAUACCUGAUGCAUGGUCGAUGUCUCCCAUAUACCAGCAGACUUGUGAAAACUUUACUAUAUAAUUUCAUUAGACAAGAAAGAAGCCCUCCUCCAGGGACCCAUGUCUUUCAGCAGCAGACAGACGGAGGAGGACUGCUUUAUGGAAUUGCGUCUGGGGUGGCAACUGGCCUGUGGACAGUCUUCACGCUAGGUGGGGUUGGGAGUAAACCAGCGCCGCACCUGGAGCAGUGCUCCCCUCUAGCGAACCAGAGUCUGCUGCUUCUGCUGGUCUUGGCUAAUCUGACCGAUGCUCCAGAUACACCAAACCCCUACAGGCAAGCCAUUAUGUCCUUCAAGAACACGCAAGAUAGCACUGCUUUUUCAUCAUCAAAUCCACACACCUUCCAGAUUAAUUUUAACAGUUUGUACACAGCUUUGUGUGAGCAGCAGAAAUCUGAUCAAGCAACUCUUCUUUUAUACAUGCUUCUGCAUCAAAAUGGCAAUGUACGGACGUAUGUGUUGGCACGAACGGACAUAGAAAGUCUUGUUCUGCCAAUUCUUGAAAUUCUGUAUCACGUUGAAGAAAGGAAUUCACACCAUGUUUACAUGGCUCUUAUUGUUUUGCUGAUCCUUACAGAGGAUGAUGGCUUCAACCGAUCCAUUCAUGAAGUGAUAUUGAAAAAUAUCACUUGGUAUGCUGAGCGUGUCUUAACAGAGAUCUCACUUGGGAGUCUCCUGAUACUAGUCGUGAUAAGAACCAUCCAGUACAACAUGACACGGACCAGGGACAAAUACCUUCAUACAAAUUGUCUGGCAGCCUUAGCAAAUAUGUCAGCACAGUUCCGCUCACUUCAUCAGUAUGCUGCUCAGAGGAUCAUCAGUUUAUUUUCUUUGUUAUCUAAAAAACACAACAAAGUGCUGGAGCAAGCCACACAGUCCUUAAGAGGUUCCCUUGGCUCAAAUGACUCUCCGCUUCCUGAUUAUGCGCAAGACCUGAAUGUGAUCGAGGAAGUGAUCCGAAUGAUGCUGGAGAUCAUUAACUCCUGCCUGACAAAUUCUCUGCAUCACAACCCAAACCUGGUAUACGCGCUGCUUUACAAGCGGGAUCUCUUUGAGCAGUUUCGAACUCACCCUUCCUUCCAGGAUGUAAUGCAAAAUAUAGAUCUGGUGAUCACCUUUUUCAGCUCCCGAUUAGAGCAAGCUGGAGCUGAGCUGUCAGUGGAGCGAGUUCUGGAAAUCAUCAAGCAAGGAGCUGUUGCUUUGCCCAAAGACAGGCUAAGAAAGUUCCCAGAGUUGAAGUUCAAGUAUGUUGAGGAGGAGCAGCCUGAGGAGUUCUUCAUCCCCUACGUUUGGUCCUUGGUCUACAACUCUGCCGUGGCCCUGUACUGGAACCCCCGUGACGUCCAGCUCUUCACUAUGGACUCCGGCUGAAGGAGGUGCCCCAGCCAAGCUAGCUCAGCUCCGUCUUCUUACGGAAGAUGAAACUCUGCACCGCGUGUUAAUACGUGACCCCUUCCAGCGUGCACCCUCUGACCCCACAGCUUACAGAGAAUGACGCUUGCCGCUAGUGUACAGUCCAACAGCAGCUUUUUGGGAGCAGGUUGCCACCGAGACGCUGGCAACAGACUGUGGUGUGAGGAGCUGACGGCUUGUAGGCAACCUGGUAUUUAUAGUCCUAUAACCUAGAGUUGUUUGAUGAAAAUGAGGCCUUACACAUGGGGUAUGAUGUUACUACCAACCACAAACCUAAUUGUUCUUUUAACUUAAGGGGAUAAAUGAGGAAAGAGAUGGUGGACUUUGAUCUGGGAACAGUAUUUGUGUUUUUGUUUCUUUCAAGCGAGGCAGCUUCGUUGGGUUCAGCUCGCUCUGGUCUGUUGGAUUCUGCGGUGGGUAGCUCGUUACCUAAUGCCGUGCUUUCACUCACAGCCCUGCGUUUUGGUGACACUGUCAAGGCUACAGUCAUCAAAUCAGUGUCUACACCGUCAUCCAAGGGUACUAAGCAAGCAGCAUAUUAAUCAAUUUAGCUCCCAGGCAGAUUCAAAACACUUGAUUUAGAUGUCAAAAUGUUUGUGGGAGGAAUGUCAAUAGCAACCCUUUUGUUGUUGUUUGACUGGCAAAUACUCUAUAGAGGGCUAGAAACACCAGCUUUCAGAGUCAGGUCCCUUACAGACUUGUUUUACUGUGCUUCUUUGAAAAAGUUGUUCCUGGAAAUUGAACGUGUGGUGGGAAAAAAAAAAAAAAAUCUCCAAAGAAAAUAGUUGUAAGAUUGUAAAAUAGACCAAUGUCCUGUAAAACUGUGUGUAAUGGUGACGGUGUGUUGUGGGGAUCCUUGGCAAAAUUCUGCAUUGAAAAUCCUGUUUGCUAUUAAAGGUUUUAUGGCAGAAGUAUA